GUACUCUAGAUCAUUCGUUACACAGUGUCUAGCUUGCUUGUGGAAGCAAAACUGGUCAUAUUGGAGAAACCCAUCCUACACAGCAGUGAGAUUACUAUUCACCAUCGUCAUUGCUCUAAUGUUCGGAACAAUGUUCUGGGGCCUUGGAAAUAAAACUCGAAGCCAGCAGGACUUAUUUAAUGCCAUGGGAUCAAUGUAUGCUGCAGUACUAUACAUCGGUGUGCAAAACUCUGGUUCUGUUCAACCAGUUGUCGUGGUGGAGCGGACAGUCUUUUACCGGGAAAGAGCAGCUGGCAUGUAUUCAGCUUUUCCAUAUGCAUUUGGACAGGUUGCGAUUGAAUUUCCAUACAUCAUGGUUCAGGCUUUGAUAUAUGGCGGGCUCGUCUAUUCCAUGAUAGGAUUUGAGUGGACAGUUGCCAAGUUCUUGUGGUACCUGUUCUUCAUGUACUUCACCAUGCUAUAUUUCACGUUCUAUGGAAUGAUGGCUGUAGGCUUGACACCGAAUGAGAGCAUAGCAGCUAUCAUCUCAUCAGCAUUCUACAACGUAUGGAACCUCUUCUCAGGAUAUAUAAUCCCCCGACCUAAACUUCCUAUUUGGUGGAGGUGGUACGCAUGGAUUUGCCCGGUGGCAUGGACGAUGUACGGACUGGUUGCCUCCCAGUUUGGUGAUCUCCACCAUCCGCUCGAUACGGGAGUCCCAGGCCCAAAGAUAACUGUGGCCCAGUUUGUCAGGGACUAUUAUGGCUUCCAUCAUGACUUCUUGUGGGUUGUGGCGGUGGUGCACGUUGCUUUCACCGUGUUGUUCGCCUUCCUGUUCAGUUUCGCCAUCAUGAGGUUCAACUUCCAGAAGAGAUGAGGAGGACGACAUUCUUUCAGAUUUCUUGUACGUACUGUCAAUCUGUCAUACUACUGUCCAACCACUAGUGUGGAUGGAUUGAGCUAAGUAUAGUUGUUCCUGUAAAUGAUAUAAAGGUUAUUUUGUAUUUCAAGCCUGUAGAAAUUCGCACAUCCAUGCUUUGUAUCUGUAGGAUUCAUAGGAAAGACUAAUUAGCCUUGUUGAGCCUCCAGCUUCUUCACCAGCUCUAGCUGAGUAGCUGCUACUUUACUCGUCCGAGAAUGUAAAACGUGACCAGUAAUGGUGUCAUUUCUGACGAGUUAAUGGAGGCAGAAAUUUUGUUGA